AUGUGGGGUUGUACUUUUGCCGAAAAGAACGAAGAUGUACGUGAUCAUGAGGAGUUCAAGGCUGAUUACCUCCAUGAGCCUGUUGUGAGCCAAUUUUCUUUCCCACUACCACCACUCGGAAUCCAGCCCAAAGAAUUUGUUGGCGCACACUUCGGAAAAGAGCUCAAAAAUCUGCAGUUCCGUAAGGGAACCACCACGCUUGCUUUCCUCUAUGAACCGGCCACGCCAGCAGAUCAGGGUGGUAUUAUCAUUGCCGUCGAUUCGCGUGCUUCAGCUGGAGAAUAUAUCUCAUCCAAAUCCGUGAUGAAGAUUCUUGAUAUCGGCGAUCGAAUGGUGGCCACAAUGGCUGGUGGAGCCGCUGAUUGUCAAUUCUGGACUCGAGUGGUGGCAAAAUAUUGCACACUUUAUGAGCUUCGAGAAAAGGCGCCGAUUACCGUGGCUGCUGCUAGCAAAUACUUUGCCAACGUUUUAUAUGGUUACAAGGGACAAGGUCUUUCUGUUGGUUCAAUGGUUUGCGGAUACGAUAAGCGCGGUCCAGCUAUUUUCAAGGUCGACUCUGAGGGUGAUCGUUCCUCAUUGAAUGUUUGCUCAGUGGGAUCGGGAUCGUUGAAUGCUUACGGAAUUCUUGAUCAGCACUAUAAACCAAAAAUGACCGAUGAGGAAGCUAAACAACUUGGCUGGAGGGCAAUCAUGCACGCCACAUACCGUGACUCUGGAUCGGGAGGUGUCUGCAAUUUGGUUCACAUCUCUCCGGAAGGCAAAACGCGUUAUCCUGGCCGCGACGUGUCUCAACUCUAUUAUGAAUUCGCCGCCGAGCUCGGACGCGAUAUUGCUUACGAUCCACGCGAUGAU